AUGGGGAUUAUCCCGAAGAAGAGGCGAUUUAAUGUAAACAACACUUCUUACGAGAAAGUAGACGCCGAUGGAUGCUGUAGUAUUGAACAGUUCGUCGCAGGAAAAGACGACUUUCGUACAGCUCCUCUGUACAAGAUCCCGACGCCAUGGCCAUAUGAGGAUCGGCCUGCAUCCAUUGCGUUCGGCUCAGUAAUUGAUGAUAUCGAGGGAAAAAUCCGCGAUAUCCUCCGGUCCCAUGAGAUAAGGCCGCAUCGCAUAACUGUCCGAGCAAUGAAGACCAAGGGUCUUGAGAACACGAAAGAUACCCUCAUCAUCCUCUGCUUUGAUGAUGAUCCUUCAAAUUGGAAGGCGGCAACGCAGCAAUUGUAUGAAGUGGUCGAGAAUGCUGCACCCACGCUAGCGAAUCAGUUUCGGGUUGAGAUUCGGAACGAACGCAGGAUGUACCGCGACACAUCAACGGCUAUUAUACGCAAUACCGACGUCCAUCAAGCCCUUCUUGUCGUUCAACCACUAGUCGAAGAGGCAGUCAGAAUGGCCUGCCCGGACUCAUGGAGUUCCAUCUCUUACCAUAUGCGAGGGCCAAGAGACCAGGAGGGAGACCGAAAGCCUACCGUCAUGGUUAUGAUCAAACCAGGAACACGCCACAUCUGGGACCUUGUGGAGCAGAAGAUUGACGAAGCACUCCAAUCCGCGAAGACCCCAAUGGAUAUUGCAAUCUAUCAUGAGCUUUACUCGGGCUAUCUCUUGGACUUGCCGCCCCUGUUCGGAAAGGCCGAACCAAGCCCAUACUCUAACCUCCCAGCGAAUCCUAAGAACGGCUCCUCGAUUGGUCCGCGAGGCUCCAACUCAACUGGCAGUCUGGGCGCAUUCGUCUAUUUCCAGCCAGAGGGCCAGGAAGUGAAAAAGCUGUGUGUCAUGACGUGCUACCACGUCAUUUGUUCUGGAGAUCCUUCGAACCAAGCAACAACCGACAGAAUCGGAAUUGGAUUGAAAGGACAAAAUGCCCCUCAGCAUCAGCGUCGGAUUCCCAUCGACUACCCAUCAUCAUAUGAUACUGUCACGACAAGGAAGGCAUUGGAAGCUCUCAACGGUCCGUUAAGCAAAGAAAUGAAGGGUACCUUGGAGACCAUCAAGCGCCACAAGCAUGCUGGCGGAAUCGGUGAAGUGAUAUGCGCAUCAGGCAGAUAUCAAGGGGCCAACCUUAGGAGGAUGGACUGGGCUCUGAUUGAGCUCAAGUCUCCAACCCUAUUCUCCCAGAACAAACCUCCUGUUCUUAUUGAUCCUUUCGAUCUUCGACAGAAGUACUUGCCAUUGAACAGAAAGUACAUUGCGACUGAUAAUGAUGUCGUUUCUAAAGUAGGGGCAGUUACGGAAGGUGCAUGGGUUGUUAAGACUGGCCGGAAUUUGGGGGACGCCCGCGACGGUGUUACAGCUGGGGACACAAAUGCUAUGAAUGCCUUAAUCCACCGGGACAAUGCUCCAAGUACUAGAGAGACAGUCAUCAACAACCAUGUGUCAGGACGACAAUUUGCGGAACGGGGGGAUUUCGGAUCAAUGGUGACUAAUUGGAAUAAGGAGUGGGUUGGCAUUGUCAUGUCAGGCGAGAGCACUAAUGACACGGCUUAUAUGACGCUAGCACAGGAGAUUAUCGAUGAUGUUAAAGCCAAGACCGGCGGAACGAUCACUCUCCCAUAG